UGUGACGUUCGAAUUCGAAUUUCCAUACCGAAAACCCCCAUACCCAUAACUGAUACGACUUGAAUACGCAACGUAUGUAGCAAGUCGCUUUUGUUAUCGCCUUUGUUCCGAGUUUGAGUUAUAGUUUGAUUUGCGUUACUCGACGUGUUAAUGUUAAUUUAAUUUUUCAUGUAUUUGAUCGUAAUGAAAUGUGUUUAACAUGGUCACCGGAGAGGAUUGUUCCUGUGCCGACACGACGGAACCCUCCAAUUUAACGUCCUUGCACUCGGACGAUGCUACCUCGGCCGUAAAUUCCGACGUAAAUGUCGUCUGCACUAAAACGGUCGACAAGAGGAAUGAUGCCGUUGAGGAAGCUAAAGAAACGAACUGCAAGUAUUCCGACGCAUCGCUGGUUGCAACUUACUGUGUAACUGCAGCAGCCGAUGUUCCGGCUGCGGCGCCAGGAAGACCAAAUCGUCAAUCGCAGCGAAAGAAAUCGAGGAGUCAGCCACCUGCUACGCAACUCAAAUCGAGUUUCCCGUGCCUUUGUCACAGUCACAAAAUCAACGGCUACGUCUUGCCUGUGAAACUCAAGGAAGAUAAACCACAAUCACGACCGUUCUGGAGCCGGUUCGGCUGGAAACGACCGAGAAACGGCAAGAGGGACAAGAUGUACGAGAUAAAGCUGAAACAAGUUCAGUGUCCUCACUACGCCAAGCUGCGUGAUCUGAGCGGCGCGCCUAAACAACAGCACCUCGACGCGCUGCAAUUGCCGUACGAAUUUCAACCUUUCGUCUCGCGCGAAGAACUGUCGGAAGGGAUACCGAGUAAGAAUGCUAAGUACGAGGCCAGCAAAUUGAAACCACCUAAAUAUCCAACGAAAACGAAACUCAAGAGGGAGGAAGUGGCGGAGAAAAUCGAGAUCUACUAUUUUGAUCACGGAAACUCCGCAUAUUAUCGAACAACCGACUGCCAUCCUGUACUAAUUACGGACAAGUGCGCCGAAAAGACCGACCAGGCGGCGACUCGCUUUUGGGCGGAGAUCUUCGGCACGAUUCACAUUGGUAUCGCCUUCGUCACGGCCUUUAUUUUGCAGCUUCUACGCUUUGUGCUCUACAGCGUGAUCCGGCCGUUGACAGUGGGGAUACUUCAAUUGAUAGCGGAUUACUUUGUGAAACCGCUGCUGUCCAUUCUGUUCAACGCUCUUGUACAACCGAUAUUGAUUCUGUUUUACAACAUCGCGACGUCGUUGAGGGAUCUUUGCGAGCCGAUAGCCGAGGCGAUGGGUCUGUUCCUGCGAGAGAUCGCGAACCUCUGCGCCGCGAUCAGGAUCGUGGAGGUGAAGCACGUUCACACGCCGAUCGCUGCUUCCACUUGAGCUCGUACGCAAAAAUUGGCGAUUCUUGACGAUCGAGGCUUUGGUAACUUAACUAAAGACUGUCGAAGGAUUUUCGCGAAUCUGGGGAUCAGGCACACAUUUCUGAGAGGAAUCUGUGUUCUCCUGCGCGAUGCACGUCCAAUUCAUCACCAACAACACAUGCCUUAACACCAG